AUGGCGAACUCCGCAAACCGCCCCAAUACCCGUGAUUCGAACCGAUCCUCCGCACAACAUGUCUUGGGAAUCCCUCGGCCUCCCUCUGUGGGAGGGAUCUCAUCCCGAGUCACAGAUGUUGCCUCUGAAGAUGGGGAGAAUGCUCCGUCCUAUACAUCGCCACCACCCUCGCUCCAACCGCGUACCUCUGUCUCUAGACGUGCUCCGCCCCCUACCCGCAACUCGAUAGCUUCGUCAAGCCAAAGACCCGGGAGCUCGGGGAGCCGACUGAGUAGGACGCACAUUCCGUCCUUAACAGCUCAGGCGUUUUUCCGGCCGAUGAGCUCGCAGCGCCUGCAGGCACACCGGGGAGGACGACCAAUGACUAAGGGGACGGUAUCUUCGACUGAUGAUUGGAAUGACCAAACGAGCCAAAAUCGGCAGAGUUUAAUCUCGAACAGUACGAUUCCACAAGGAUCGGUCCCUCAUGUCGAGAUGGAAGUCCCACCAUCACGGGGCACAGAGUUCACAGAUCCCAUCAUACCCGAUCGAAACACAUCCAAUGCCAGCCCAACAGGAAAUACUACAGUUCGGAGUCUGGGGGAAAGUGUCAGGCUCCUCCGGGAUCGAGAUCAACAGGAUAAGCCUCGCCCUGGUCAUUUGAAUCUCGGUGCGAACUAUACUGGACAUCAUACCCAAGAUUUGCCGCCAAAGUCACCGUUGUCUUUCUUGUCUUUGCAGAACAAGGGCUCCUCACAUAACAACCAUCAUAGCAAUCAUGAUGUCCGAGGUCAUGAGCGACUUUCAUCUGCUGGCUCGUCUCCGGGCCCAAUGGAUGUGAAGAAGGAGUUGCCAAGGGCUAAUCUGGGCAAGAACUGGGAGUACUUCGUUGGUAAUACUCUAUUCUGUUUCGGUGGCCGAUUCCUCAACUCGAGGGACAAGCCUAUCAACAUUGCAACAGGCUUCCUGGUGGUUGUUCCAUCGGCUUUGUUCUUUGCAUUCUCUGCUCCUUGGCUAUGGCAAAAUGUCUCCCCAGCCAUUCCCAUUCUAUUCGCCUAUGUCUUCUAUAUUUGCUUCUCCUCCUUUGUGCAUGCCUCUGUGGUCGAUCCUGGUAUUAUGCCUCGAAAUGUCCACCCGAUGCCUCCUAUGGAUUCCUCCAACGAUCCGUUGUCCGUUGGCCCGCCCACGAAUGACUGGGUCAUGGUCAAACUCGCCACGUCCGAUGUUGCUGCCAUGGACGUACCUGUCAAGUACUGCAAGACCUGUGCCAUCUGGCGGCCUCCUCGCUGCUACCACUGUCGUGUCUGCGACAAUUGUGUCGAGACACUUGACCACCACUGUGUCUGGCUGAACAACUGCGUAGGCCGGCGCAACUAUCGCUACUUCUUUGCCUUUGUGAGCUCGUGUACGAUUCUCUCCCUAUUUUUGAUUAGUGCCAGUCUCGCGCACAUUCUACUUUAUAUGGAUCGCGAAGGGAUUUCGUUUGGUGCCUCCAUCUCCAAGUGGCGCGUACCGUGGGCCAUGGUGAUCUACGGCAUCAUUGCGGUGCCAUACCCGACCUCCUUGUGGGCGUACCACCUGUUCCUGGUUGGCCGUGGCGAGACCACGAGAGAGUAUCUCAACUCCCACAAGUUCCAAAAGCAGGACCGUCACCGGCCAUUCACCCAAGGCAGUGUCCUGACCAACUGGAUCGCUGUUCUGGGUCGACCUCGCCCACCUACCUACAUGCAAUUCAAGCGUCCCUACGAAGAAGGAGACCAGCGCUACGCCAUGCAAAAGCGCAAGUAUCUCCCUCGCGAUGUCGAGUCUCAGACGGGAAUUGAGAUGCAAAAUGUCGGCCCUCAUCGGCAGGACUAA